GUGCGGCGGCGGCGCCUUCGGCCUGGGCCUCGUUCCCCCCCUGCUUGUGUCGGUCCGGUCUCGGGUGCUGUUGGGCAGCGAUGCCGGCGCUGCUGGAGCGGCCGAAGCUGAGCUCGGCCAUGGCCCGCGCCCUGCACCGGCACGUCAUGGUCGAGCGCGAGAGGAAGAGGCAGGGGAGCAAACUUGGCAGAUACACACACGUACCACUGUUUACUUUUUUAAUUACAGAAGAAGAAGAGGUAGACAAAAUGAUGGAGCAGAAGAUGAGGGAGGAGCAGGAGAGGAGGAGGAAGAAAGAGAUGGAGGAGCGCAUGUCCCUGGAGGAAACCAAAGAGCAGAUUCUGAAGCUGCAGGAGAAACUCCUGGCCUUGCAAGAAGAGAAGCACCAGCUUUUCCUGCAGCUGAAGAAGGUGCUUCAUGAGGAAGAGAAACGGCGUCGUAAGGAACAAAGUGACAUGACGACUCUGGCGGCAGCGGCUUACCAACAGGCUGUACAUGCAGGGACCCACAUCCUCAACAUGCAAGGGAGUCCUGGGGGGCACAACAGGGCCGGUACCCUGAUCUCAGCCGAUCGAGCAAAGCAGAUGUUUGGCCCUGCAGUGAUCACAACCCGUCACUUCGCUGCACAGCAGGCCUUCCCCACCAGCACCCCUGAGCACGGGCAAUAUCAAAGCAGCCAGUCGGGACACAGCCCUUACGCGGUCGGCCAAAGCCAGCACACGGUGCCCGUCAGCUAUGCUAGCAGCCAGUCCAUCAGAGGUCCUUCUGCUUUCCCCACCAUGCAGUACUUGUCUCAGCAACAACCCGGUUACACUAUUCACAGCCACUUCCCCACGGCCCAGCCAGGUUUUAUCCCUCCAAGCACCACCAUCCCUCUACAAAAACAGCUGGAGCACGCUAACCAGCAGUCGGGAUUUACUGAUUCGUCCCCGCUCCGCCCAAUGCACCCGCAGGCCCUGCAUCCCAAUCCAGGGCUUCUGCAAGCCCCCCAGAUGCCUGUGCAGAUGCAGACCGCGGCCAAGCCCACUUUGGCCUACACCCACCCAGCCCGGCCAGCCUCCCCCGGCAGCUUUUCCCAUGGAACUGCUCCGCAGCAGCCCCACACGUCUGGGUUCCAGGCGUCUCCCCAGCCUGCUCCUCGACACCCCUUCAUACAACACCCGCAGGGGCAGCGUUUUUACCACAAGUGAGCACCAGCCCUCUGCCCCAACGUUUGCUUCAAGCUACCUGCCCUGCCCCACUCCCAGCGUGAACAAAGACAAAAACUGUACUUGAUGACUGUGUAGCUUUAUUCCUCCCUUCCCUGUUCCUGGCUGAAAUACUAUGAAUUUUGUGAAAGCAGAGACUGCACUCCAAAUAUACUUUGCAUAAUUCAUUUUGA